AUGAUACCGCAGUCUCUGAUGGAAGAAAAAGAGAGCUAUUUAAAACAACUAGAAAAAAGAAAGAUUAUUAGUAGUUUAAAUUUAGAACGAAGAAAUACUAUUAGAGAUAUUGAGAGGUUGAAAAGGGAGUAA